GAUUUUAUUCCUGUGGAGCACCAAGGAGUUCGCCAGCGCCAAGAACCGGCGAUCGUUUCGAAUCAACGUGGAGUACGACUAUGCCGUUCGAGUGCGCUGGAGUCCCGAUGGACGGGCGCUGGUUGCGUACAAGUACAGCGAGGGUUGCGUCGAAGUUUACAAGGUGGACAAAUCCGACGGUUGGUUCCUAAAUCCGACCAAGGGUAGUACUUUCCCGCGAGCCCACAUGGAAGAUAUCGUUGGCUUCGGCAUUGCACCGGAUGGAAAGUACCUCAUGACCUGCUCUAACAAAACCGAUCUGACCGUUUGGGACGUACGAGGUAACGUGUUGGAGAAGAUCGAUACUUUUCUGAUGACAACCUACAAUGCAAUUUCUCCUUGCGGGAAAUUCAUCGGGGCCUGCGGCUUCAUGAGUGAUGUUCCUUGUGGGAGGUGAAGUUCAGUAGAUCAGGAGAGUUCCAAUCGAUUCAGAAGGCGUUCGACCUGUCCGGACAUAAAUCGGGAAUCUACGACUUCGCUUUUGAUCAGGAUAGCUCAAAGACCGUUACCGUAUGUAAGGAUGGAACUUGGAAGAUUUACAAUACGAAUAUUGAAUAUCACAAGGGGGAGAUGCCGCGCUGUCUUGUAACUGGAACCUAUGAACCAACUAGUGCUGCCGCCCUCGUUGCAAUUAGCCCUUCAGGGGAAGUUGUUGCCAUCGCUACCGGAAACUCAAUCCAGUUCUUCAAUGCCAUGUCCGGACUAUCUGAAGGUUUCAUCGAAAAUAUGUGUUCAGGUCAAAUAACUGCGCUUCAGUUCGAUUCGAUGGGAAAAUAUUUGCUGGUUUGCGCUGACCGCUACAUUCGCAUCUUCCAUAACAUUCCUGGAUACAAAGUGGCCUUAGAAAGUGCUGUGAAGAAGCUGAAGCAACCGAAGAUGUCCGCCGCCAUGCGAGAGCGCAUUGAAAUGCAGAUUAACGAAAAUGAAGCGUUUUUGAAAAAGUUUGAGUAGGUUUGUUUGUGCAUAACACCAUGAAGGACGAAUAAUAUUAAUUUCUUCAUUGGAGACUGAUGGGAACUAUUCAAAUCCUUAUGAACAACUAUUACCUACACUGGAGAUAACUGGGAAAUUUUACGUCUUUGUAGGAUUAUUUAUGAUAGUUUUCAAUUACAUAUACAAUAACUGCCAUAAUGUGAAAAUAAAUCUAUGUUAAGUGAAUGUUCAAAAACUAGUACCGAAAAUAAUAAAAUUAAUGG